AUGGUUCAACGCAAGGAGCCACCGUCAGAGCAGCUUAGAGCCUACACAUUACUCAUUGAACUCUUGUCCUACCAAUUUGCCUUUCCUGUUCGAUGGAUUGAGACACAAAAUGACCUAAUCCAGCGGAAUAAUACUAUCCAGCGCUUCAUUGAAGUCGGACCUUCCAAUGUCUUGGCGAACAUGGCGAAGAAGACUGCCAAGGGCCAGUACGGCGAACAGGACCUGGUGCGCUGCAUAGACCGUCAGUACCUAUCGCACGCCGACGAUGCCCAGCACAUCUACUACCACUAUGAUGACGAGCCACCGGUGGAGAGCACUAGUGAUGAACCGGCCCAACCGGCUGCUUCUUCCACCCCGGCUGCGCCGGCACCAGUGGCUGUGCCUGCUGUAGCAGUCCAAGCAGCCCCCCAGCCCGCUGCCCAGGAAGCCGCCGCCGUACCCGAUGUCGACUUGAGCCCAAUCGACGUUGUUAUUUCCAUAGUGGCUCAGAAGAUCCGGAAAGCCUUUGAUGAGGUACCUGCGGCCAAGUCUAUCCGCGAUCUAUCUGCCGGCAAAUCCACAUUACAGAAUGAGCUCAUCGGACAGCUGGACGCAGAGUUUCGCGGUCUGCCGGAGGGAAGCGAAGAUCUCGCGCUGGAAGCGUUGGCAGCCCACUUCACAAAUUUCUCUGGACAACCGGGAAAGGUGAUGGGCGGACAUGUGGAUCGUCUUGUGGCUGCCCGUAUGCCUGCAGGCUUCAAUCAGGCCAAAAUACGGGAAUAUCUCUCCUCACACUGGGGGCUAGGACCCAAUCGGCAGACCACCGUCCUAUGCUUUGCCGUGACAAUGGAACCAGCUGCCCGUCUGGCAGAUGCCGGCCAGGCAACCCAGUUCUUAGACUCAGUGGUGAGCCGAUACAGCGGAAGGGCCGGUGUAGCUUUACAGAAGCGGGCAGAGGGCGCAGCUUCACAGACCUCCGCUGUGGCCCAGGUCGACAUGGCUAGCGUCGAAGCCCUCAAGAAAGACCAAAAUGAGUACUUACACAAGCAGUUCCAGCUUCUGGCGAAGCAUCUGGACUUGGAUGGCGUGGCUCAACCUGGUCAGGUACAGGCACAAGGAGAGGAAACUGACAAGCUGGCUGAAUGGGACGCAGAGUUUGAUGAAGAGUUCCUCACGGGCAUGCGGACAAUCUUCGACCCGCGGAAGGCUCGUCGGUAUGAUUCAUGGUGGAAUACGGCCCGAGAGGACCUCAUGGCUCUGUUGCACGACGUCCGUCCUGUUACCGAGGACAAGGCCUCGCAGCGAUACCAAAGCCUUGUGAACCGGUGGUCAUCGGAAUUGGAGCAGAUGCUGGACCAUACUGCCCAGGAUGACACCGCCAAGGAGAAGGCUCAGAAGCUGAUUAAAGAUGUUCGUGCUUCGGGUGUAGCCGACGGGCCCGUGUUUCGUUAUGGCCAGCCGGCUAUGGCUCCUGAGACAAAGGUUGAUGCCAAUGGACGCAUCCAGUACUCUGAGGUGCCUCGCCGCCAGGCCAACGGUGGAAGCAAUGCUGCCACCUUGAACUACGCGCAGGUGGUUGCAGCUCCACACCGCAACGUGCCGUAUGCGCACCUCCGCAGCCGAGCCGGGGUGGAUUGGACGUAUGACGCCCAGCUCACUGACACGUUUCUGAAUCUCCUAUCCGCCGGAGCGUCUACCGGACUUUCGUUUGCUGGCAGAAGAGUGCUGGUGACCGGUGCUGGAGUUGGUUCGAUCGGAGCAGACAUCGUGGCCGGGUUGCUGGCCGGUGGAGCGCGCGUCAUCGUCACCACCAGUCGACAACCUUCAGAUGUCGCUGCAUCUUUCCGCCAGCUCUAUGCGAAGGUUGGUGCACCCGGGUCAGAGUUGAUUGUCCUGCCCUUCAACCAAGCGAGCAAGCGCGAUUGCGAGGAUUUAAUUACCCAUAUCUACGACGAGCAGUCUGGAUAUGGGUGGGAUCUCGACUUUAUCAUCCCCUUUGCGGCCAUCUCCGAAAUCGGGCGGCAAAUUGACAAGAUCGACUCCAAGUCAGAAUUGGCCCAUCGGGCCAUGCUGGUGAAUCUGCUCCGCUUGUUGGGAUGCAUUAAACAGCAAAAGGAGAAACGGGGGUUUGAUUGUCGCCCAACAGGUGUCGUGCUGCCCUUGUCUCCUAACCAUGGUAACUUCGGUGGAGACGGAUUGUAUUCCGAGUCGAAACUGGGACUGGAGACCCUCUUCAAUCGCUUCCAUUCCGAGGGCUGGUCUGACUUCCUCUGCGUCAUCGGUGCUGUAAUCGGCUGGACCCGCGGCACAGGCUUGAUGAGUGCGAACAAUAUCGUCGCCCAGGGUAUGGAGGAUUCCUUGGACAUCCUGACGUUUUCGGCUCCUGAGAUGGCGUUCAAUAUUCUCUCUCUGCUCUCAGGAGAUAUACUGGAAGUAGCGGACGACAAGCCAAUCUAUGCAGACCUCAGCGGAGGCCUUCAAGGGGUCAGUGACCUCAAGGAGAAGAUUUCGGGAAUUCGCAAAAAGAUUGUCUCGCAAAGUCGGAUCCGCCAGGCGCUGGUCGCCGAGAACCUGCAUGAGCAGAAGGUUCUCCUAGGGACGAAGCCUGCUGAUGAUAGUGUUCAGCCUCCGCUGAAACGCCGCUCUAACAUCGAGCCCGCGUUUCCGUCUCUGUCAAACUACAACUCUGUGACCGCUGGACUGCAAUCCUUGCAGGGGAUGGUCGAUCUGUCUCGCACCGUGGUGGUGGUAGGCUACUCGGAGCUGGGCCCCUGGGGGUCUGCGCGUACCCGCUGGGAGAUGGAGCAUGGCGGUCGCCUGUCUCUGGAAGGCUACACCGAGCUGGCAUGGAUGAUGGGCCUCAUUAAGCACUUCGACGGUGACCUUAAAGGCAAGCAGUACGCCGGCUGGGUUGAUUCGAAGACCAAAGAACCGGUGGAUGAGGCGGAUAUCGAGGAGAAAUAUGGUCAGCACAUCCUAGGCCACGCUGGCAUUCGGGUUAUAGAACCUGAGUUGUCGGAGGGAUAUGAUCCUGCCCAAAAAGAGAUCAUGCACGAAGUGGUUAUUGAUGAGGACCUUCCUCCCUUCGAAGCUCCCCAGGGUGUCGCCCAAGCAUUCAAGCUGCGCCACGGCGAUAAGGUCGCCUUGACACCACUUGAAGGUUCCGAGUCUGUCAAGGUCGUGGUUAAGCGUGGAGCUGUCUUCAUGGUCCCCAAGGCAAUGGCAUUCAAUCGGUUUGUCGCUGGUCAGCUCCCAUCCGGGUGGGAUCCAACUCGCUACGGUAUUCCAGAGGACAUUGUCUCCCAGGUGGACCCUAUGACUGUCUAUGUUCUAUGCUGUGUAUCCGAGGCCAUGUAUAGUGCUGGGCUGGAGGAUCCCUUUGAACUGUACCGCCACAUCCACGUAUCCGAGUUGGCCAACUGCGUCGGCACUGGGGCUGGAGGUUUGCUGGCUAUGCGUGGAGUGUACCGAGACAGAUAUCUCGAUCGGCCUGUGCAGAGCGACAUUUUGCAGGAAUCCUUCCUCAACGCGAUGAAUGCCUGGACGAACAUGCUUUUGAUGGGAGCUGCAGGCCCGAUCAAGUCACCCUCAGGUACAUGUGCGACCUCGGUGGAAUCCAUGGAUAUAGCCUGCGAAGCAAUUCAGACGCUCAAGGCCAAGGUCGCCAUUGUUGGUGGUUCCGAUGACUUCCAGGAGGAGAUGUCCUAUGAGUUCGGUAAUAUGAAGGCCACGGCAAACGCAGAGGACGAGCUGGAGAAGGGAUACCUCCCUUCAGAAAUGUCUCGGCCUACCGCAUCUUCUCGCAGUGGAUUCGUUGAGUCUGCUGGGUGCGGCAUCCAACUGGUUAUGAGCGCCGAGCUAGCUCUGCAGAUGGGUCUUCCAAUUUAUGGAAUUGUCGCCUACUCUCAGAUGGCAGGCGACAAGGUCGGCCGGUCUGUACCUGCGCCAGGUCAGGGUGUACUCACAGCUGCCAGGGAAAGCAUUGACGCGGUACAGUCGCCGUUAUUGGAUCUGCAAUACCGUAAAGCGCGGUUGGACGAAGCUGUUUCUGAGAUCAAGAGCUGGCGACACAAGGAGUCCCAGAAGCUCAUCGCGUCCGCAACUUCUGAGGAGUUCAAAGAUCUCGACGCGCACCUACAGCAUAUCAACAACAUCGCCGCCACUCGUAUCCGGGACGCCCAGUGGACAUGGAAUAAUAACAUCCGUCAUAUUGAUCCCACCAUUGCUCCCAUGCGGGCCGCCCUAGCAACAUGGGGAUUGAGCGUCGACGACAUUCAAGUGGCGUCAUUCCACGGCACCUCGACGAAGGCGAACGACAAGAAUGAAAGCAGCGUAAUCAACCAGCAAAUGACCCACCUCUCACGCACGGUUGGCAACCCACUCCUCGUCAUAUGUCAGAAGUCUCUGACAGGCCACCCCAAAGGUGCCGCAGGCGCAUGGAUGUUCAAUGGUUGUCUCCAGGCUCUCCAAACCGGCAUCGUACCCGGCAACAGGAAUGCAGAUAAUGUCGACGUUGUGCUGCAACAGUUUAAACACCUGGUUUAUCCAUCGCAGACUAUCCACACGUCAGGAAUCAAGGCAUUCAUGUUGACAUCGUUCGGCUUUGGACAAAAAGGAGGCCUGGUUGUCGGUGUUGCCCCUCGCUAUCUCUUCUCCAGCAUUACGGCCAACCGGUUCGAAGAUUAUCGGGAACGGGUGCUCCAGCGCCAGCAAAAGAUUAUCCCCGUGUUCCAAAAGCGCAUGGCCGAGGGUCGUCUCUUCCAGAUCAAGGAUCAGUCGGCUUGGACAAGCGAUCAAGAAAGAGACGUCUUCCUUGACCCCCUGGCCCGUGUCUCCCAGAAGGCUACCGGCGAAUACAGCUUCCCAACGACAGUUGCCUCCGGUACCUCGCCCCAGCCCGCAAGGACCGUUUCCGAUGAUAAGCAGCUUUUCGCCAGGUCUUCUGAUCAAUGGCUACGGGACAGUAUAAGCAAGGAGCAGGGCAAUGUGUCCGUUGGUGUAGAUAUCGAGUCCAUCUCGAGCGUCAAUAUCGAAGAUGAAAUAUUCUUGGAACGCAAUUUCACACCGGGGGAGAUCAAGUACUGCCAAGGUAGCCCAGAUAAGCAAGCGAGUCUUUCGGGGCGCUGGGCAGCCAAGGAAGCGAUCUUUAAGAGCCUGCAGAUACCAUCCGAAGGCGCAGGCGCUCCGAUGCGAGAUAUCGAAAUUGUCAGCAAUGGUGCGCAGCCUCCAACCGUCCUGCUUCACAAUCGGGCCAAAUUGGCUGCCGAUGCUCAGAAAGUCGAAGAGGUCCAAGUUAGUAUCACGCACUCCCCAGAGAGUGCCAUGGCUAUUGCUUUAGCCCGACGUCGGUUAUAG